AUGAAUCCUCCAUCCUUUGUUGGGGGACUUGACCCGAUUGUAGCUGAAAAUUGGGUUCAGGAUGUUGAGAAGAUUCUAGCAGUACUGGCCUGUUCAGACGAGCAGAAAGUGGCAUUUGCGUCAUUUAAGUUAACAGGAGAGAGGCCAGAUCCAGUGCCAGUAUCUUGGAGUCGGUUUAAGGAGUUAUUCUUCGAGCGAUAUUUCCCUGCUAUCAUUCGGAGUGCGAAGGCAACCAAGUUCUUGCAUUUGGCUCAGGGGCAGAGGACAGUAUCCCAGUAUGCUACUAGAUUUAUUGAGUUGUCACAUUUCGCCCCAUAUUUAGCACCAGAUGAAGAAGAGAAAGCCAGAAAUUUUGAAGAAGGACUGAGACAAAAUUUAUUUGAGCAAGUUAUUGGCUUCCGAGCUCAGACAUUUUCUGAGGUGGUGGAUAGAGCUGCUAUCAUUGAGAGUGGUAUAUAG